AUGGCAUACAGUAAUUCUACACAAGAUGUGCAGGUGGAGCUACUGUCUGAUGUAGAUUGUUAUCUACGAUAUCAGAAACAAGGAGUAAUAGAGCUAUACUGUGGUGCUGUCUGGGAUGGUUUUUAUUGCUGGCCACCGACAUCCGCUGGAAAGGUUAUCUCCAAAACUUGCGAAUCUAUUUUUGCGAGCUACCAUCUCAAUUUACACUCUAAAACCUUUGGACAAGAAAAGGCUUAUAGAGUUUGCCAAGAAAAUGGAACUUGGUUGUGGGGAAACUGGACAAAUUAUACUGAGUGUGUGGGCCUUCUAUCUACGGAAACAACGACGAAUCCACUUGCUGUUGGUUACAUACUCUUUAUUGGUUCUGCUGUAUCCCUUUUGGCCCUGGUGGUAACAUUAUUUAUUUUCAGCUACUUUAAAUCCUUACACUGUCAAAGGCUUAGCGCUCACCAAAACUUGGUAGUGGCUUUAAUUGUACACUCUGCCUUGCUUCUUGUAAUCUCUACUCCAGUAGUUCUGAAGGAGCCAGCGCCAUCCUACAGACAAAUUGACUGGCUGUGUAAAACAAUUAUUUCUCUCAAAAUGUACGCAGCCAUGGCUAGUAUCAACUGGAUGUUUGUGGAAGGCUUAUUACUCCACAGUCGGAUUACAACUUCCGUUUUCCAACAAGACGUUCCGUUCACAGUUUAUUACAUCAUUGGUUGGGGUAUCCCUACAACGUUCAUAAUUACGUGGUGUUUAAUCAUGUCACGUGUAUUAAAUACGAUGUGCUGGGAGGGCUACGGUACUUCCGAGUACGUUUGGAUUUUGACAGGUCCAAUGCUGACAGUUCUGUUGAUCAAUACAAUCUUCUUGAUUAACAUUGUUCGAAUCUUGGUAACGAAACUGAGGGCCAGCAUCUCCGUUGAAACAGCUCAAGUUAGGAAAGCGAUAAAGGCUACAGUUCUUCUGUUUCCUCUCCUUGGAAUCACUCAUCUUUUAUUCUGCAUCAAUCCUAGAGGAGGUUUGGAAAGGGCGUACAUGAUCACCAAUGCUGUAAUGCAAUCCUCGCAGGGUCUUUUCUUAGCCGUUCUCUACUGCUUUAUGAACUCGGAGGUUCAGAAUGCAUUGCGGAAUGCAUAUCAGAGGGCAGCACUUAGAAGAAAUCCUACCCAUCAUUCAUGUAGAAACCGAGGAUUUUCUUUAACACGAAAACGCUCGUGCGGAAGAGAUGCAGAGAAAGAAAAAAAAUCAACAUCAGUUUUCUCGUUUCUGAAACAGCGUGGUCAGGACAUCCGACAUAGCCACCAGGUUGUAAUUUAUUCAGGCGACACAGACGAGUUAGGAAGAGUCUAA